GUGUAGUAGUGACUUGUGACGUGACAGCUGAUAUGCUGAUGUUCCAUAACUUAAAAAUGUGUAGAACAAGUAAAUCCCGAAUAAGUUUUUAACAAUGGAAUACACUGUCGACCUGGAUUUGGAAGAUCUAGAAGCCAGGUUGUAUAGUCAAAUAUAUUAUUCUAAUAAUGAAAUAGAAGAAGCUGAAACUAGUGUAAUUCCAAAGAAUAUUACGGUUGAUGAUAAUGUCGGGAAAAAGUAUCGAUAUUUCGAUAAUCCCGCAAAGGAAAAUUAUAAUAUAUUAACUGUACCUCAAACAUUUAUACCACUUACUAAUCCACCAAAUGACAAUUCCGUUAAUACAAUCCAGCAACCUCCACUAAACUUGAUUCCAAAUUGUAAUGUUGGUUCAUCUAGCCAAGAUAAGGAAAUUAUCGUCAAUAAUUUACCAAAAAGUGCCGUUAGUUAUUCUGGUUCAGAGAGAGAAAUUAUUCAAAAUAAUAUCACCGUUAAUCAGUAUUCAUUCCCAGUUGUUAUUAACUCUACUUCUAAACCUUGGACACCUACCUCAAAAGUACUUGAAAGAAAUAAGAAAAAUUUGGAAAGGAAAAAAAAGGCUAGACAGAGAAAAAGAAAAAACAAGAACUUGACUGAGGUCAACCAAGCAAUUAGUGAUCCUGUAAUCGUGUGCAUAUCAGAUUCCGAUGAUUGUAAUGUCGUGGAAGAAGAUAUGAAUAGUAAUGAAAAAUCAAAACAAAUAAAUACAAAGUUUCCUAAAAAAUACAACGAAGCAGAAGGGGAUAAACUACCAGAGGUAGAUGAUGAUGUCAUAUUUAUCCCGCCUCCUCCUGUUGAAGUUAUUAACGUUGAUUCGUCUGAACAAGAUGUAGAACAUACUGGCACUGCUGUAGAAGAAAAAAACGAAACCAAUAUAUCAGAAUCAAUAAAUCCCGAAUCAAAUGAUUUCCUGGAAACGAAUAUAGAGCCUAAUAAUGCCAAUUUCGAUUUUGCCCUUCAUGGAUCUGAUUUUAGUACUGAUCCAACUGAAUUUAGGCAACCGUUGAAGCCCGUUGAAUAUUGUGAAACUGAAAGUAGCUGUAGUACUAACGAUCAAAGCAGAGAUUUUAGUAAUACAGUAAAAACGAUUGUUUUUGCUGAAGUGGAUUUUCCAAAAGAAGAUAUAUUUUCCGAGAAAAAUUUAGAAAGUUUCAGUUCUUUCAUAACACCAAAAAGAAGUUCUGUCAAAUCAAAAGAAGUUACAAAUAUUUCAGAAGAGCCCAAGGAUUUGAGCGAUAAUAAUGAUGUUUCUACAGAUACCAGUAGCUCUGAAAGCGAUUAUGAAACAAAUUAUAGUGAAAAAACUAAUAGUUGUUUGCCUAAUUUAUCACCAAUGGUACCAGACAUUAUUCAGAAAGAGAAGAAAACUGUAAUAUGUGAACACGAUAAAAGUUCUACAGUUAAAAAUAAAAGGAAAGGUUUACAUAAACCAAUAGAAACAAUUAGAAAAGAAGGAAAUGGAAAUCUUGUUGAUAACACUAUAUCUAAAACUCCGAAAUCGAAAAGGAGAAAGAAAAAAGUGGAAUACUCUACACCGCUAUCAGACAAAAACACUUCCGAGAAAUAUAUUUCAACAGAUACAAAUAAAGUCGAUGAGGUACCCCUAAAUUGUUUGGAAAAUUCCAAAAGAAAAAAGAAAAGAAGAAGUACAUCUAACAAUAGCAAAGAAAACGAGAAUAUGACCAAUACGGAUUUAGUAACGCCGGCAGAAUUAACAGAACAACAGAUAGAUAUUGUCGAGUCUACAGAGAACGACAACCAGGAAAAGAUUAAAAAUAAAAAGAAAAAGAAAAACUUAAAGGAUACAGAAGCUCCAGGCUCAACAACAAAUAGAACACCCUUAUCAGUGGAACUAGAGAACUUAAAAAAAAAUGUUGAAAUUACUAUGGAACUAAAUCAAAAAUUAGACAGUAAAUCAAAGAAAAAGAAAAAAUCUGAAAGUUCUUCAACGGAUGUUACGGAAAAUUCUGAAUUAUCAAAUAAAAAAACUGUUCGGGAGAUAACUAACGAAGAGAAUAUGAAAAUUAAGAGGAAACAAAGUGAAAAAGACAAUACAGAUAAAAUAAUUGACAAAGAUACACAAAUAAAAGAUUCCGAAGAACCUUCUACCAGUAAAUCAGACAAUCCACUGGAUAAUUCAAAUAAUGAACUUAUUGUUAUAGAUGAUGUAAGUUCGACGUAUAUAUCUGUCUCUUCGGAUAAUACAGAUACCGAUUUUGAAAUUUUUGAUGAUAUCAGUACUAAUAUUACUUUGAACUGUGAUACUUCGAUUUUGCCACCAAAUGAUUAUGAAAGAAUUUCUAAAGCUGCUCGUUUUCAUCUGGAUAAUUAUGAAAAGUUUGAUGUUUCCGAUAUCCAAAGCAAACAAUCAGAUGAUCCUAACAAAUGGUUGAUAUCGUACAGAGACAGAGCAACUUAUCUGAAUAAUAGAGGAAACAUAGGCCCGCGCUGUACCAGAUGCAGACAUUUUGGUCAUAUAAGCAUAAAAUGUCCUGAGAAACCUCAUCCACCUCCAUGUAUAUUAUGUGGAGAAUCUAAUCACCAAGAACCGAGAUGUCCAUUUAAAAUGUGUACACAAUGUGGACAGCGAGGUAAUUAUUCCACAACUUACUGUCACAAUUGUUUCAAAUUUCGUAAUUGCGUAUGUCGUCUAUGUAAAAUGGUAGGACAUAUAGAAAAAAAUUGUCCUGAUCUGUGGAGGCGAUAUCGAUCAACAACUGAUAAAGGACCUAUGGUAACCUCUCCAGAGUUACCGAAACCAAGAUUUCAGCAAUGGUGUUCUGGUUGUGCUAAACAAGGACAUUUGGAACACGAAUGUAAUUAUUUCAAUAGAUAUUAUCCACCAACUACCCCUUUUAUCAAUAACUAUGAGGAUAAUUUGCAAUAUAAUAAACAAAUGGAGUUGCAACAAACUUCUAUAGCUUCUGCUACAGUAUCGACCAGCGAAACGAUUCAAGUAUCCUCAUUGGAUAGUCUGGUUACUACAAAUAAAUCUGUUCAAAUAGUCAACGACGUUCCGAGCACAUCCAAAAACGAUUCAGUUAAUAUAACUUACAACAUAGAUGUGGAUGAUCCAUGGCAGAUCAAAAAGUUAUUUAUGACUACUUCCCAUUUCAAAGUCACCCAAUUUAUAAAGGAUCAAAUGAACGAUUUGCAAAGGAAUCCGAUGGAUCCCAGGAUAUUGAAAAGGAAGAUAAUCCGGUGCGAAAAAUUAACAGAUAGUAGAAGAGAUCCUCCAGAAAGGAUCCUCCGCGAGAAGAACCAUUGGUACAGAUUACUCAAUAUGUUGAUAUUCGGUACUCACAAGCACAAUUCUGGACUUUGGCAUAUCAACCAAUUGAAGAAAUAUAUUUCGGAAGCUCAUCAUGUUAGAUUGGAUGGCGAUAAAAGAGUUUCGUUGUUCAAUUCUUACAGUUACAUAUUCGGAUGUGAUAAACACGCCAAUUUUGAUUAUUAUAAAAUAUUAAGGUUAUUGAUUAGAAAAUAUUAUAGUAAUAAUAAAAAUUUACUAUAACUUUUUAUACCUAAAGAGAAUUGAUUAUACGUUAUUAUCUUUUGAUUUUAUGUUCUUAAUUUGGAGAACACCAAAGUGUAAUUAUUACAAAUAAAAUCUUGAUAUCUGUUGA